GCUGAUAAAUUAUUUAUUUAUCUCACAAAAGAAAAAGACAAUAAGAAGGUAUACUGAAUUACUGAUUUUUAUAGAACUACUGAAUUACUGAUUGAUAGCGCCUCUCUCUCUCUCGGUUUCUCUCUUAGCAGUUGUUUUACUGCCACUAUCUCCUUCAACGUCGCAUUGCAGGCUGCAGCCCUCAGCGGCUCAGCCAACGCAGAAACUCUCAACUCUGCGUCUGCGUGUGCGUCUGCGUCUGCGUCUGGUGUGUGUGUGAGAGAGAGAGAGACAGAGAGCAACAAAUGGGAUGGUUCCCAUGCUCGGGACAAUCAAAGGAAAAGCUGAAGAAGAAGAAGAAUAGGUCACUCGAUCCAGUCGAGCCCUCUUCAGGUAAACCCCAAGAUGCCUCCAAAGAUGGAUCCUCCAAUAAAAUCGCAGCCAGGACUUUCACUUUCCGUGAAAUGGCAGCUGCUACAAAAAAUUUCCGUGGCGAAUCUUUUAUAGGGGAGGGAGGCUUUGGCAGGGUGUAUAAAGGACAGCUGGAAGGCUCCAAUCAAGUUGUUGCAAUCAAGCAACUUGAUCGGAAUGGCUUGCAAGGAAACAGGGAAUUUCUUGUUGAAGUAUUGAUGCUGAGUCUGCUCGACCACCCUAACCUUGUCAAUCUAAUUGGAUACUGUGCUGAUGGAGAUCAGAGGCUUCUAGUUUACGAAUAUAUGGAGCUAGGGUCUUUGGAGGACCAUCUUCAUGAUCCAAUGCCCGAUAAGGCAAUACUUGAUUGGAACACAAGGAUGAAAAUUGCUGCUGGAGCGGCAAGAGGAUUGGAGUAUUUACAUGACAAAGCUAGCCCUCCUGUCAUUUAUCGUGAUCUAAAAUGCUCCAAUAUUUUGCUCGGUGAGGGCUAUCAUCCGAAGCUAUCUGAUUUUGGUUUGGCCAAACUUGGACCCGUUGGGGAUAACACACACGUAUCCACGAGGGUCAUGGGUACCUAUGGAUACUGUGCACCUGAAUAUGCAAUGACUGGCCAGCUGACUCUCAAGUCAGAUGUCUAUAGUUUUGGUGUAGUUCUUCUCGAGAUCAUAUCAGGCAGGAAAGCCGUUGACAAUCAAAAAAUGGGAACUGAGCACAAUCUUGUCGUAUGGGCAAGGCCGUUGUUCAAGGACAAGAGGAAAUUCCCGCAGAUUGCUGAUCCUGCGCUCCAAGGUCAAUACCCAACGAGAGGCCUGUACCAAGCUCUCGCCAUUGCAGCAAUGUGCGUUCAGGAGCAGCCCAACCUGCGGCCCAUGAUUGCAGAUGUUGUCACGGCUCUGACAUAUCUGUCUUCGCAGAAGUAUGACUCUGAAACACAUCCCCCUCAGAACCCUCUCUGGAAACCUUGCACUCCUCCUAGGACAAAAGGGAAAGCUGAUAAGAAACGAAUUGAUGGAGGCGUUCGCCCCAGAAGAGAACAAACUGACAACCGUUUCUGAGGUUUGUGCUAUUACUUCUUUAAAUAAUUUUUUCCCGGGAAUUCUAUUGUGAAGUCGGACAUGGAUUUCGUGCUGUCUGGAUUAUUCAGUGUCGUUGCAUUGUCGUCUUCUUCGUAGGGGGUAUUUAUUCGUUUCGGAUUAUUGUGUACAACAUUAUAGGCGACUGGUUUUUGUACAGUUACAGAAUGUACAUAGCUAUUAUAUCUGAACUGUACAACAGACGAUGAUAGUGUAUAAUGAGUGAGUGACGUGAUGUUAUAGAAUUGGAUUGCUACGACAGUUUUGUGAAUAAAUUUUAUUUAAGAAUUUAUAAUAA